AUGUCGUUAUUACUUGAGAUUAUCUUUGAUUCAAAUUCAGUUCCUUCGAGAUCGAAUGAAUUUAUAGCCUACCUCUCGAAAAACCACUGCCUAGAAACCCUUCAAUUUAUCCAAGAUGCCUCGAGAUACCGGGCUUGUUAUACAGAGAUAGUCGAGGAUAAAAAAGUCCCUUGGGAAUAUCUAAGACGCCAUUACGAUUAUUUGCAGGAACUAUGGGAAGAUCUUCUAGGCACUUAUAUCCUUCCUAACGGAAGUCGCGAGGUCAACCUGCCCUCUGAAGUUAAGGCUCGACUUCUUAGGUUACGUUCUUCUGCAUUGCCCCCACAUCCAUCGGAAUUGGAUGAUGCCGUCCAAAUCGUCCUUGAGCUCAUGGAGUACUCGAUCCUACCUGGGUUCCUGAAGUCUUAUGAGUCGCCGGAUCAAUCGAGAGGUGGAGGUGAAGUAGCUGGUCGCUGGAGGGGAGUUCUUGGCAGAUUUCAGUGGGAAGUUUCAACGCCCACAUCGGAAGGGAACCACGAGGACUCUGUGCCGCGGACUUCCGGUUCAAGAGAGGACAGUGAGGCCACUCAUUGUACACGCCGCCGCUUCCUAGUAGCCGCCCUCACGUCACCUUGCAGCCAUCUACUGCGGCCUCUGGGAGACUUAUUCGACCAUACUGUCUGCGGUACCAGUGGUAUGAGAUGGUUGAAAAAGCCGCUAGAGAAGGAUGGAGCAGCAGACACUGAGAUUAAUACUGAAGAUAAUGAGGUCGGCGCAAAGCUUCAGAAGUAA